UUUUAUAGUUGAUAUUUUUGUUUCAACAUUUCGUGAUUUUGCAUUGUCCGUCCAGCUAACUUUCCGAUCGAUAGCGACAGUAUUCGGGUAAUCGGGAAAGCCGCUUCAAUAUACAAACAUGUCGGGCCCGGAGAAAGGAGUGGAUACGGAUCCCGACUAUGCGGUGGUUUGUGGCUUCCUCCGCCGCUACGGAGAGGCGCUGGGCCUGCCGCCCAUGUCCUAUGCCGAGCUGCAGAGAGCCUUGGAAGACACCACCAGGCUGAACCCAGACUUGAUCCUGAUGCAGGUCAAGUUGAUGCGGAAGAUCGGGAAGAGCGUUUCCUCGGACAAGUGGGAGAGGUACCUCGUUAAGAUGUGCCGCCAGUUCUCCCAGAUUGCAGCAUGGGAGAUGGAGCAGGGUGGGUACCAGGAGGUGGAUCCCAACAUCAAGCUCAAACUUCUCAAGUACCUGUGCGAGCGCCAGUUUGACGACAACCUGAAGUUCCGUGCCGAGGUGUUGAACAAGGAAGAAGCGGAUGAAAUGCGCGAGAAACCGCUUGGCCGAGACAAAAACGGCAUGUUAUACUGGUACAUGCAGGAUGCCGACACAAACUUGCACCUGUACCGAGAGGAGCCUGACGACCAGUACAACUCCACCUGGCAGGUGGUCUGCAGAACUCGUGAUGAGUUGGAAGGUCUCAUUGCGGAGCUGGAGGGGGGAGGCAAGGACACUCCUGAGAAUGAGGAGGAAGACGAUAAGUCGUCGUCCGCUGACCAGGCCAGUCUGGCCGGUAAGAUUAAGGACAAAUGUACCAAUGGUCAGUAUGAUGAGGAUAAAGAAAACAAGGAGCAGCCCCAAACAGAUGCCAAACCAGGAAAGGAGAACCAAAUACAGGAGGAUAAAGAAGACACAAAAACAGACGACAAGACGAAAAAGGAGAGUCAAACAAAGGAAAGCAAAGAAGACUUGAAGAAAACUGCCUCAGACGACAAGCCAAGUAGUAAGGAGGACACAGAAAAGCCCAUCACUUCCCAACAUGUUAGUGUCAUCGUGAAAAGAGAAAUCACCCCAGAACCUGUCGUGAAGGAAGAACCUGUAAAAUCCUCCCCAAAAGAAAAUGAUUCUUUGCCUCAAAACGAGGAUGACUCAACGAAAAAAGAGAGUGUUAUCGUGAAGAACGAAGUAGGUGCGGAAACGAGUGCCAAUAGCGCAACAUCUUCCAACCAACCAGAGGCCAAAGAGGAGAAAGGGGAAACGAGCAAAGGUGGCAGCAAACAACAGGAAUCGCCUCCGUCAAAACCGGUUAGCCACGUGCACAAGGGAAUCCACUCUAUCGAGAACAUCUUGCGCGACGUUCCCAUCAAGUGUGAAAGAGACGCUAUCACGGAACCGCCGUGUGUCGUAAGCGCGACCAUGGACCCUACCGUAGGACUGCAGACUUUUGCGAACGGAAGGUUACACUAUUGUAUGGGGGAGGGCAGCAGCAUGGACAGUGUACCAGGAAACAUGGGUAGUCAGGAUGAAGGGAAGGAAAGAAGGAACCCUACAGAAGGUGGCGGUACAGCCAAAGAAGACAACAAAGGUCCUGAAAGUAGAGAAACAGCAGCAGCAGUUGAAGAAGCUAAGAAUAAAGUAAGAGAAAUACUGUCCAAGAACACUUUAAACAAUUCAAGCAGCAAUACUGAUUCAGCAGGAGGGAGGACAGCCAAUGACAAGGAGGGUCAAAGGUCAGAAGGUGAUGACACUGGGAACAAGAUUCCUGAUUCCGGGAAGGAGAUGAAGACUACUAGUGAGAGGGAGCAGGUCUCCACCAAUCGUGUCUCAGAUGACACUCAGGACAGACAUGAGAGUAAAAAAACUGAGUCAAGGUCAACGAUUGAACCUGAACAGAGCAAGGUCAAAGAAAAAGAAAAGGAGGAAAAAGAAGAAGAAGGAGAAAAAGCCAAAAAUUCUGGAGCAAACACUACAUCUCAGAGUGAGAGCACUGGGAAAAAGAGUAAAGAACCUAAGGCAGCUGAGGAGGGUGUAGCCAAAUAUGGUGAAAGGAGUCCAAAACCUGGGAAGGAGAGUGAGAAAUCUGACGAAAAAGAAGAAGAGGACCCUGGGAACAAGAAUGUGGAUUCUUGUACAAAUAAGGAUAAACCGGGGAACGAGAGCAAAGAACCUGACAUUACUACUGAGGACACUGUUAAGGAGAGCAAAGAAUCAGACAAGAAAACUGAGAGCACUGAAGAGAAGAGCGACCACCCUGAAAAAGACACAGAAGACGACCAGAAGGAAGAGACCACUGAAAAAGUUACCCUAGAAACUUCUGAAGAAACCACAAAACCACAGAGGGGCAGGAAAAGAGGAAGAAGGGGUAGGAGGAGUCUUAAAGAAACUUUCAAGAAACAAGUGAAGGAGAAAGAUGAGGAUGUGGAAGGGAAGGAAGAGGAGGGUGAAGAUCUGGAUGACAGUAGAAGUGUGAGUAAAGACUCAGAGAGCAGUAAGGAGGCAGUCAGUGCCCCCAUCAGGAGAAGUACCAGGGCCAGGAAAGCUGUGACUCAAGUCUACACACCUGAAGUUAAGAAGAAACCUGUGACCUACCCAAAAGAGCCAUCGGAGCCAUCCCUACCCCCCUCCCCAGAACCGGUCAAGAAGAAGACCAGAGAGAAGAAGGGGCGUGGCAAGAGGAGGGGUCGUCGUAGGAAGGACAGCACGAGUGAAGAGUCAUCAGGGGAUGAAGAAGAAGAUAGUUCAGAGGAGGAGGAGGAGGAGGAGGAGAGUGAAUACCCUACUGAAGAUGACUCCCCCUGCAGUAAAUGUGGCAUGUACAAUCAUCCUGAAUGGAUCCUCCUGUGUGAUAAGUGUGACAGUGGUUAUCACACGGCAUGUUUGCGGCCCCCUCUGAUGAUGAUCCCAGAUGGAGACUGGUUCUGUCCCAGCUGUGAACAUGUGCAGCUGGUGAGUAAACUGAGAGAAGCCUUAGCAGAAGUGGACCAGGAGCUCAAGAAGAAACAACGGGCAGAGCGAAGGAAGGAGAGAUUGACGUACGUCGGGAUCAGCCUGGAAAAUGUCAUUCCUGAGCCUGAUCGUGAGUCUGAGAUGGUAGGUGACGAUGAUGAAGAACGCAGCAGACCCCGCCACCAGCACAAGAAGAAGAAGAAGCAGCAUCACCACCACCGUCAUCGGCAUUAUUACGAUGACGAGAAACCCGUCAAGACAAUCGCGGAGAGACGCACGUCGCGGCGUACAAGAAAGGACAUCUCGUACAGGUUUGAUGACUUCGAUGAGGUCAUCAAUGAAGCCAUUCAGGAGGAUAUUAAAGCAUCAGAAGGUGCAGGGGGAUAUGGUGGGAAGGACAUAGAGAACAUCAUUGCUGCAGAGGGAGGUGCAGGAGGCUAUGGUGGGAAGGACAUUGAGAACAUCAUCGCUGCGGAGGGCGGUGUAGUGAAAAAGGAGGGGCCAAAGAAGGGUCGCCGGCGUCGGCUCAUGGACCUGGAUGCUGACAGUGAAGAGGAAGUGGGGAGUGAGGAAGAGUACAACAUGAGCGAAGGAAGUGAGCAGAGUGAAGCAGAGGAGGAGCCCAGUGAGCCCAGCGAGCCCAGCCUGAGUGAGAGUGAUGACUCCCUGGCACAGCGGACCAGGAGGAGGUUUCGGGGGCGCCGCUCCUCCAAGGCCACCCGAAGGAGUUCCCGGCUCAGGUCCGGUUGCAAACGGCGGUACUGGGACUCCGACGAGGAAGAUGAAGACAUCGAAGACGAACAUUCCAGUGUGAGUAGUGAGAACAUUCCCAGGUGGUCAGGUGUGAGGACGUACUCUGCUCGCCGACAGAAGGUCUGCUACAAGGAGUCCUCCAGCAGUGAGGAGGAACAGGAGAAGACAAAAAGAGAGCUGCCAGACUUGGAGUGGGAGCCAGAGGCUGCAAAAGAGGAGGGUUCACCCAGAAGAAAACGGCCGCGCUUGGAGACCAGCAGUGAAAGUGAGUCCAGCUCAGAGGACACCAGGGAGGAACCGAGGAAACCCGCCAGACGACAGCUCGAUACUUCUGAAUCUGAUGAAGAAGAGGAGGAAGAAGAAGAAAAAGAAGAAGUCAAAGAAGAAGAAAAAGAUGACCAGGAAUCAAAAGACGAAAGUAAGGAGGAAGAUUCCAAUAAGAAAGAACUGUCUGAAAAUGUCCAAGAAGAAAAGGACAACAAAGAAGACACAUCGACAGAAGGGAACAAGAUGGGAGUGUCGUUUCAGCUUCCCAAAGUCUCUAAAUCCCUGGAGAAUUCUCCAACGACGGACACACUGCCUCUUCCCGCGCAGAUGACACAAAACGGUACCCAUGAUUCUUCAGGACGGAGUAGUCGGCAAUCGGGAGAAGACGAAGACGAACUAUUGGCCAAUGUCAUGGACUUGGUCGCGUAUGUCACAGAAGACGACUGAUGUCCAGCGUUCUCCUGGUUGUACCUCUCUGUGACUUAUACUGUCUUAAAGUCUUUCCUACAUUUUCUUGGAUCAAGUUGCAGUAAAAAAGCAUUCAGUGGUGCCACCUAGUGACCUAAGCAUGUAUUACAUUGUCUAUGUACAUUGUUCUAGUAUGUAAGAUUAAUGAUUGUUUUAUCUCACAGGUCUUUCUGCAACAAUUUUGUAAAGAUUUCAUAGUCCUCAUGCUUUUUGUCUACUUCAAUCAGUUUAAGGGUUAUUCCAUUGUAGGAGGGAGGGGAAAAUUCAGAUCAUCUUAUUCCACCCUCCAAAGAAAUGUAGAAUGGAAUAACCCUUAUAGCUUCUAUGGGAUUUUGCUUUGGUACAACUACCUGUAGGAAGGACAUACUGGAACAAUACCAAAUAAGUACCCCAGCACCUAUGCUGUACCAAUCCAAAGUAGAUGUACUCUAACCGUUCAAUUGUGAACCAUUCCAAAGCAGCUUUGUACUGAACCGCUUGCUUGUAAAUAACACGUAUCGCUUGAAGUACUAGUAGUUGGUGCUGACACUGUGGUAUAUUUAAACCAACUUGUAAACUUGUACAGAGUUCAGUGUUAGGUUCCUUCAGUUCCCAUCAAAGUGAUAGACCUGUUGUGGGAGGGGGGCAAUCGUAACCAUUUCUUCUGUUUGCAAAUU